AUGGUCUGCCAAUCUUUGGAUUAUAAAGUGUCAAAUGCAUCAGGACCAAAGACUCCCUCGCCUCGCACAUUUGAGACCAAUGGUCUUGAGUGUCUCGGUGUUGCCAAAAUCGAUGUAGCUAGCUUCAAUAUUGCGUUUGGUGGCGCCGACAAAACAGAUGCGCGCACAGUGACAUUUUCUGCCAAUCGUGUAGCAAGCGCUAAUAAGCUGGCUGGCCUUAGGGACAAACUCAGAGUCCAGUUUGAGCGCAACCGACAUGUUGGUCAUCAAGAUUUUGAUAUCGGUGAUGUUGAACGGGUGCGCGGGCAAAAGGAGGACCUUAAAGCGCAGCAGGCGGCACCAUACGCAGCACCGGGUAAAAAAAUUAAGCGGCUGUGGCACGAUGCUGAGGCCAAGAAGGGCUCGCUCAAGAUGCUGUGCAUCUCGUGCGAUGUUAUCCGAUUGUCAACCAAACCCGAGAUCAUGAGCAUCCAGGAGCGGUGCACACGCGAGAAGGCCAAGCUGAUCAACCGAAAGGAAAAAUGGCUUGGCACUCAGGAGCAGUGGAUGCAGGUGGAGAUGAACUCGGGCAUGCACACGACGCAGCUAGCAAGCUGA